AUGCAUCUUCCAUCAGUUUUCACUUCCCUUGCGACCCUGCUCACCAUUACGGCUGCCGUUCCCGUAGUAGCCCAAAACACUACACCAAGGCCCACACCUACAAAAGCUGCUAUACCGUCACCAAUCUUCUCAUCCAUUGCUACUCCAUCUAUGACCCCCGUCGGAGCCUAUCAAUGCCCGCAAAAGCAAUUCAAGCAAUGCUGCAUGUCUCUCGAACAGACAUCCCGGACGAUCGUCCACGGCCUAGGCGAGCUUGUUCCUGUCCUGAGUGGAGUCCAACUCAGCUCCGCAAUUUCAUUCCAAUGCAAACCUAUGGAAGAUAGCGUUUCCCCCAACGCAUGCAAUGACGAAGGAUACGGACCUAUGUGCUGCGCAAGCAGUGGCUCGAGCGGCGCUGUCAACACAUGCAAGCCCUUUGCGCAGGCAAAGGAAGAAUAUUACCGCUCCUUCGGAUUCCAGGACGAGAGCCAGGCUGACUAUAUUAAUGAUGUUUUAUCAUAA